CCGUCGACCGGCUCGGAGGGGUCGUUUGAGGCUCGGCUGAGAACUACCACCACAAUGUGGAUCCAAGUGCGCACCAUGGAUGGGAAAGAGACCCAUCGAGUGGACUCUCUUUCCAAGCUCACCAAGGUGGAAGAACUCCGGCAGAAGAUAGACGAAGUAUUCAGGGUGGCCCCUGAUAGACAAAGACUCUUCUACAGGGGCAAGCAGAUGGAAGAUGGUCAUUCCCUUUUUGAUUACAGUGUUGGCUUGAAUGAUAUUGUUCAGCUGCUGGUGAGGCAAAGCCCUGCCCUGCUGCCUCUGGCUAAUAAAGAAAAGGACUCUGAACUUUCGGACACGGACUCUGGCUGUGGCUCAGGCCAAAGCGAAUCUGAUAAAAGCUCUAAUAAUGGGGAGGGGGCUGUGGAGAUGGAGGUGCAACCCAGCACAUCGGCUCAGGUUGACUUGGUGGACCCAGGCUUUGGAUUCUACAAGAUCAAUGAGCUGGUCGAUGCUCGCGAUACGAGCAUGGGGGCCUGGUUCGAAGCUCAAGUUGUCAACGUGACCCAGAAAGGAAAAGCAGCCGGCAAGGCAAGUGAGAGCGAUGAGGAAUGUGAUCUGCAAGAGGCCAUCCCGGAUGAAGACAUCAUCUAUCACGUGAAAUAUGAAGACUAUCCAGAGAACGGUGUCAUUCAGCUGAGCUCCAGAGAUGUGCGCGCACGUGCCAGGACGACCCUGAAGUGGGAGGAGCUAGAAAUAGGAGACAUUGUCAUGCUCAAUUACAAUCCCGAUGAUCCAAAGGAGAGGGGAUUCUGGUACGACGCAGAGAUCCUACAUAAGCGAGAAACCAGGACGUACAAGGAAUUAUAUGCCAAAAUAGUUCUCGGGGAUACUGGGGACACCUUAAACGAUUGCCGAAUUACUCUUGUGGACGAGAUCUACAAGAUUGAAGAACCCGGAUGCGCUGUUCCUCUUACCGCUGAAAGCCCGCUAAAAAGGCAGAGUGGACCAGUGUGCAAACACUGUAAAGACAACCCUAGCAAAACCUGCCAGAUGUGUGCCUGCCAUGUGUGUGGAGGUAAAGAGGCUCCUGAGAAACAGCUAAUGUGUGAUGAGUGUGACAUGGCCUUCCACAUCUACUGUCUCAGCCCCCCUCUCGGCAGUAUACCUGACGAUGAGGACUGGUAUUGCCCGGAAUGUCGCAAUGACGCGAGCGAGGUAGUUUUGGCUGGUGAGAAGCUGAAAGAAAGCAAAAAGAAAUCUAAGAUGGCGUCAGCUAACUCAUCCUCUCAGCGGGACUGGGGCAAGGGCAUGGCAUGUGUGGGCCGCACUAGGGAAUGUACCAUUGUCCCAUCAAACCAUUAUGGACCGAUCCCCGGGAUUCUAGUUGGGACCAUGUGGAAGUUCAGAGUCCAGGUGAGCGAAUCUGGUGUCCACAGGCCCCAUGUUGCUGGUAUCCAUGGCAGAAGCAAUGAUGGAGCCUAUUCUUUGGUCCUGGCAGGAGGCUAUGAAGAUGAUGUAGAUCACGGGAAUUCGUUUACUUACACGGGAAGUGGAGGCCGUGAUCUUUCUGGGAACAAGCGUACAGCUGAACAGUCUUGUGAUCAAAAGCUUACGAACAUGAACAGGGCUUUGGCCUUGAACUGUAGUGCUCCAAUCAGCGAUAAAGACGGUGCAGAGGCGAAGGACUGGAGAGCUGGGAAGCCAGUGAGGGUGGUGCGGAGCGUGAAGGGGGGCCGUUACAGCAAAUACGCCCCCAAGGAAGGGAACCGAUACGAUGGCAUAUAUAAGGUGGCUAAAUAUUGGCCUGAAACUGGGAAAUCCGGCUUCUUAGUGUGGCGCUACUUGCUCAGGAGAGACGAUGAGGAGCCAGCCCCUUGGACCAAGGAAGGGAAGGACAGGGUGAAGAAACAUGGGCUGACCAUGCAGUAUCCUGAGGGGUAUCUGGAAGCUGUUGCAAACAAAGAAAAUGGCAAAAAACCAGAAAAUGUUGAAACUCCAGGAAAAGGGAAGAGGAAAAGGAAAUCUGGAAAUGAAAGGGACCACAGUGUCUCUCCUGCUGGCACGCCAAAGAGGACUAAAGUGGCCACCUACAAGCUCACACCGCAGCAGAAGUCUCUUAUUAAAGACGAUGAAGCCAAUGCAAAGCUGUGGAAUGAAGCCCUAGAAGCCCUUAAGGAUGGACCGAAAUUCUUGAACAAAGUGGAAGAAACCUUUCUGUGCAUUUGCUGUCAGGAGGUGGUGUUUCGGCCAGUCACAACGGUGUGCCAGCACAACGUAUGCAAGGCCUGCCUGGAUAGAUCCUUCCGAGCAGAAGUUUACAGCUGCCCAGCGUGCCGUUACGAUCUUGGCAAAAACUAUACGAUGCAAGUGAACCAACCCCUACAGAGUCUUCUAAAUCAGCUCUUCCCAGGCUACGGCAGUGGACGGUGAUUCCAAAAAGCACUUCUAAUUUCCAUAAAAAUGUUUUGUCCCCGCACAAAAAAAACUAAAAAAAACUAAAAAGAAAACUUUAUGGGAUUUUGGUGGGGCUUUAUUUAAAUAAAUAGCCUUUUCAGAAAAGCUUCGGUCCCUGUUGUCCCCUCUCCUCUGAAAAUGAUGGCCCUGUUUGCACGUAAUGACACCCCAUGGGUUGUUGGGACAGCAUGGGAGUGAGUAACCUGCCGCUCUCUGCUUAUGGUUUGCAUCUGGUUUAGAAAACAAUCCAGGAACACCUGUUCCUGGGUUGUUUGGUGUGACAUACGAACCCAGAAUUCUGGGUUGUUUAGGGGAAAUAACCCAGAGCUUCGUUGUUGGGUUAAAACCCUCCACAACCCAGAGUG